GUAUGUGCGUCCCCGCACCACUUAGGGAGAAGCAUUCACCAACCUCUUCAACUCUUCCUUUCCGCAUAUCAAGGUCAUCAUCUAUGGCAACCUCGCCGGCAUGGUAGCAUCCUAUGAGCUUUACGAUGACAGCGCUUGGGACCGUGGCGAGGCCAUCUUUGAUGCCAUGCGAGAUACCAUCUUCAAUGAGGACCUCUACCACGAAAUUGCAAGAUUCGUUACCAAACAUCGCAAGGGUGGAAGCCCAAUGAAGUUUUUCCCACCCCGGCUGGGGGGGUUCAAUUUCCAUUACCGCAUCCAGUACUCCGAUGGCUUUUCUGCCAUCAUCCGCUUCCCCCUGCCUGGCUAUUUCCGAAUGGCUGAGGAGAAGCUCCUCGCCGAGGUGGCUGCGAUACGAUACAUCGCAGAUCAUACAACCAUACCUGUGCCCUUCGUCCUCCACUAUGGAAUGACAGAGGACAGUCCCGGCAAGCUCGGCCCCUUCCUCAUCAUGGAGUACAUUGAAAAUUCCGGCGACGUGACCGAUGUGCUAAGGAGACCUGACCAGGCCUGUGGAGAGAAGCCAGUCCUCGAUCCAGACGUAGACGAAGCGAAACUCGAGUACGUUUACAGUCAAAUCGCCGACAUCAUGCUCCAACUGUCUGCGUGCAACUUCUCCAAGAUUGGAUGCCUAGGAUUGAGGAGCCACGACAGCAACGACGGCAACGACGGUGACCCAGACGUCUCUUGCCGGCCACUGUCUUUCAAUAUGGCCCAGCUUGGAGAGGUAGGAGGUGUCCCUCAUUUCGAGCUGCUUGCUACGUCCAAGACAUUCUCCUCCUCGUCCGAAUAUUUUUCUGCUUUAGCAGAUAUGCAUAUGCAACAACUCUCGUACCAGCGCAAUCAAGCCGUCAAAUCUGCCGAUGACUGCCGGAGGAAAUACAUCGCUAGGCAACUCUUCCGCAAGCUAGCCGCGGAACGCCGCGUGGCCUCGUCGGACACAGAUCUUGGGCCAUUCAAGCUGUGGUGCGACGACUUCCGGCCGGCCAACAUCCUUGUCGAUGCGAGCCAUCGAAUUGUCGGCGUGAUCGACUGGGAGUUCACCUACGCCGCACCUGCCGAGUUUACGUAUGCCCCGCCUUGGUGGCUUCUUCUUGUAAUGCCUGAGGAGUGGCCAGAAGGGCUGGAUGACUGGACUACCAAGUACGAGGCUCGGCUCGGUACCUUUCUUCGAGCCAUGGAAAGCAAGGAGCGUGAGUUGAUUGGGAAAGGCCUCCUUGACGAUUCGCAAGUGCUGUCUAGACGCAUGCGCUGUAGUUGGGAGACGGGCGACUUCUGGGUUGCCUACGCAGCACGCAAGUCCUGGGCGUUUGAUGGCAUCUUCUGGAAGUUCCUCGACAAGCGAUUCUUCGGGAACAAUGAGGAGGGCGCUUUCAUCGACAGGCUGAAGCGACUGCCGCCCAAGAAAAUUACCGCGAUGGAAGGAUUCGUGGAGAGGAAGAUGCAAGAAAAGGAGGAGUGUUCGUUGGUCGAUUGGUAUGUCGAGGAGUCCGAGUCGAAAUUGCUACCGAAUAUUCUCGCUGUGGGCUGAGGAUAAGUCAGUAGAGAAGCUAUGAUAACUAUACUGCUCGUAGUGUCGAGGCUCUCUCAGGAUACAUAAACUUGAACUUGCAGGUCCUUGAUGCGACUUGCGGACUUGGCUGGCUAAGAUGUUGCUCGUAAGGGAC